AUGACUCUUCCUGUUUAUCUUGUUGAGUAUCUCGGACUUCCCCGAAAUCACCAUGCUCUGUUUAUUCGUCUAGAUGAAGACACCGAAGAAGGCGAGCUCUACCACGUUGCGGGCAAUGUUCAAAAGGGCAUGCAUUUUGAACACAAAAUUGCCAAGAAACCUCAAGAUUCCGGUUCAUAUGUUGGCCACCAUUACUUGGGUUUCAUCUCUAGUUCGGACCGUCAGUUCUUCAAACAGAUCUGCCAAUCCAAUCCACCUCCCGCCAAGCAAUUCAACGGAAGCAAGAAGAUCAAUCCUCGUCAGCCUUUGAGGCGAUGCCAAGAAUGGACAGCCGAGACUAUCGCCAUGCUCCAGAGCCAUGGUGUCCUCGUGUCAGAGGGAUCUGUUGUCAACACUGCGCAACCGGGCUCUAGCCGUUCAGUUGGCCGCACCUAUGGCCAGUCUUCAAAUCAAUCUAGCCAGGCUAGAUCUUCGUCAAGCAGCCAGACUGUUGAUGGGCAGACCUCCAGCGACGGUUAUUGGACAUUUAGCUCCAAGUACGGAGAUUAUUAUCACGUUGGAAAGGAUGGACGCACGCUCUGGGCAAGCCAGCAGCGUGCCGGAUCAAGUGGAAGCAGAAGUUGA